GGCCGUGUUGUUAUAGAGGGAGGGUGUGUGUGUGUGUAGGAGAGAGAGAAGGAGAGAGAGAGGGGUAGAGAGAGAGAGAGAGACCGGGGAGGGGAAAAGCUCUGGCACUGGUUCGUUCGUUGACCACAGAAAGCAAUCAAGGGGAUACUAGAGACGAGACAUCAAUUGAACACCUGACAACAAAGAGCCGUCAAUCUAUCAGCGGCGACCUUCGGAGAUUCACUGGAUUUGAAAUAUCGCCGACAACAUGGAAGAUUUAAGUAUCGAUCAGAAAAAGCUGCCUGGCGUCAAGGAGGUGUGUCGGGACUUUGCUGUGUUGGAGGACCACUGCCUAGCCCACAACCUUCAAGAGCAGGAAAUUGAGAACCACCUGGCCAGCAACAUUCACAAGAACCGGCUGGUGCAGCAGGACCUUCGGGUGGCCAAACGUCUACAGGAGGAGGAGGACCUGCGAGCCAAAGCUCAGAACCGGAAGCAACACAAAGACAUUGAACGCAUUGACAAUGAGAUGGCUCAAGAGAUUCAGGACCAACUGGUCUGGCAGGCUGAGCAGCAGAGGCAGCAAGAGGAAAAGGAUGAGGCCAUUGCUCGUAAGCUGCAGGAGAGAGAGAUGAAAGAGGAGCGGAAGAGAAAGAAGCAGCUGGAAGCUAACUUUGAGGAACAGUACUAUGAAGACAAAGGAGCUUACCGACCCACAUCAGACCCACGCAUGCUGAACCCGAGCCCUGAUUCUCCAGCGUCCAGCAGGGAAAGGAUCCAGGAUUUGAGUCGAGGUCGAUCUCCAGAUCAUCGUUCUCCAAAACUGGACCAAAAAAGGCAACACGACCGAUAUGCUGAACAUUAUCCUACAGAAACGGGUCGGUCAAGACCUGCAGACAUUCAUAACUCUGAAGGUACCAGAGCUAAGCAUGAUGGCAGGGGUAGAAGACCUGAGAAGUACAUGCCAGAGAACUCUAGAUACCCUGAAGAGUACCUGUCUGAAAGAGGUAGGCAUCUGGAGGCGGAAUAUUCUGAACCUCGAAGACAAGACAAAAAAUACCAGACCCGGGAACAGUGGGAUGAACCUCAUUUUGACCAGGAACCUGUGGUGGCCAUGAAGGAGAGACCUUACAGGGAUAAAUCAGCUGAUGGGGACAAGACCCGGAAUAGGGAAAAAGACAGGGCAAGGAGAAAGGACCAAGAUCGAGAAAGGGAAAGGGAAAGGGAAAGAGAUGGAAGGAGAAAUAGGGAUAUGGUGCAGCAAUAUCGAGAUCGAGAGAAAAGUCCAGAUAAACUGUUGAAUGUUGACAUCAGUCAAGACCAACGUUUGCACCCAGAAAUGGAAUUGGACAUGGACAGAAAUGGCUACAGGUCUAGGGAUGGAGAUCAAGACAAGGAAAGAGAUGCAAGGAGAAAUAGGGAUAAGGUUCAACAAUAUAGAGAGAGAGACAAAAGUCCAGAUAAGCUGUUAAAUGUAGACACGGGUAGAAACCAACUUUUACAGUUAGAAAUGGAUUUGGACAUAGACAAAAAUGUCUACAGACCCAAGAGCAGAGAAAAGGAUUUAGACAAGGAACGGGAUCGACGCAGGGACAAGGAAAGGCAUAGAGAGAAACAUAGGAGUAAAGACAGGGACAGGGAUAGAGACAGAAGCAGAGGGCGAGAACUGGACAGCCCAAACUUGCCUUCAACUAGUAAUAGGGCCUGGUCAGAUGGGAGCCUGGAGGAUGCAGAAAAUGGAAGGAGGCAUAGGACCAACUCUGGAUCUAAUGAGGUGUUUGAGGGGCCCAGUACCUCCAGAGGUCAUUCUGGUGAGCCCCGAUCUCCAGGUCAUCCCAACAGGGAGAGAGGACGAAUCGUGCGAGGAGAAUAUGGCGUGAAGGAAGCAACGCAAGGUUUGGCUCAGAUGGACCUUCGUGAACAAGAGCUCAAAGACAUGGAGGUGGCAAGAAAGCUACAGGAAGAGGAACUGAAGGGAAGUCAACUUGACAAACGAGCUGCUCAAGUCGCACAAGAUGAGGAAAUAGCCCGGCGGCUAAUGGAAGAAGAGAAGAGAGAGUAUAAAAGAUCUCGUGAGAAAGAGAAACAAGCAAUGGCAUUGGAUAGACAGCAGAAGGAAAGACGAGCUGAGGUAGACAUGAAGCCCACACAGGAGGAGGUAGUCCGACCACGAACACGGGAAGAGUACGAUUACCAAAGAGCAGCUCGUGAUAAUCCCAAACCAAGCAGACCUCCUCCUCCACGAGUCCAUGACUAUGAGAAUGUGGACAGUAGUUACAUGUAUUCAGACAAUUACUCUCCUCGGCCACCUUCCAGACCUGAUGCUGCAUACAGAGGUGCCUACUACAGACAGUGACCCAGGCCUCCUUUUGCUGUCCAUGAGUGGUUUGAGCUUUUUUUUUUCCCCUCUUCACUUUACGAAGACGGCCAUAACUUGCUGACUAAGGUGGGGGUGGGUGACAUUCUGAUAAAAAGACAAUUCCCAUUCUGUUCUCAAAGACUGACUGCUAUCAGUUGACUGCUGAAGUUACUGUAUCACUUUUUGGUUAAUUUUAUAUAUAUUUUUUUAAUUUUACAUAUUUUGUUUGCCAGUCUUUUAAUUUGAAAAUGAAUCUCCACAUGGAAUAUUGUGUAUUUUAUCACAUGACAUGUCUUUAUAACAUGGAACCAACAACUAUAAUAUGAUGGGGACUUUUCUGUCUGCUGUAUUAUACUUCAUUAUCAGUUUGGGCACUUUUUUUUCUUUUACCCGUUUGUUCUGUACAUUGCUGGAGAAGAGUUCCACUGAUGUUCAAAAGUUUGAAAUCACUAUUUUCAGGUAUUUGAAACCAAAAUAAAAAAUGAUGAUGCUGCAUGGAAUACAACUAAUUAAGGAAAACUAUCAAAAAUAUAAUGAAGGAGAGAGAACUGUAUUACAUUUUUGAAUUAGGUUAGAUAUAGUACUGGACAAUAAUUCAAUAUAUUUACGUUAUGAUAUAAAAUGGCACUAAUGCAAAUAUGAUUUUGCAUCAAAAUUAUUUUGGUAAAUUAAUUAUGUAGAGGUUUGUUGGUGCAAAUCACUCUGAACAUUUAUUGGCAUUUUUUUAUGUUCAUAUCAAUAUCGGAAUCAUAUCAUUUUAACUGAAAGUAAGAAAUCUAUUGUUACAUAGAUUUUGCCCACACUGUCCAGCUCUUAUCAGAAUGCCUCAUAGUUGAAAUGUGUGGUGAUCAAAUCUUGGGGUAGAUAACCUUAAGACUUAAAAACCUAUCAACUAUACAUAUAUUUCAAAUAACAUAUGUGAUUCCAAACUUUUGAACUGUAGUGUGUGCAAAACUAAAUGAUGAGUGAUUUUAAUUGAUGAGUGCCCUUUUAAGGGAAUACACAGUAAAAUAAGCUGUGUUAAAUCAACACCUUAAGUGUUAAAUUAACACUGAGUUAAUUUAAUUUAUUACUGAAAGUGUUGAUUUGUAAAACUAAGGGGGGAAACUGGUAGAGUUGAAUUGGGUCCUUUCUGUAAGUUAUUGACUUUCCCAAAUUAUCUAUUUUUCCCAUGACUUAUGAUGUUUCCCCACAAUUCUCACCUUUUAAACUGAAGUGAAGCUUAAUCACUAAACCAGCUUGCCUUCUCUCAGAUUAAUGAAGGAUUUAUAUAUAUAUUUUUUUUUUUUCCCAACUUUGUGAAGGAAUUUGUUUCGAAGUUUGACAUUUGGGUCACUUAAGCUGUUUUAGUCUUUGUAUUUGGGGAACUGUCUGAACUCUUGGUGCAUAAACUUUGCCUUCAUCCUACAUCAGUCUUCAGAGUCAGACUCUGUAAUGUGUAAAGGUUGAUUAACACUGGCUUGUGGUUUGAGAAACAGCUUUUGACUCUUCAGCACAGCACUGCACUUUUUUAGUACCACUUAAAGGUUUAAGAUCAGUGUUUUCAACCCCUUUUCAAUCAAUUCAUAAAAAUCUGUAGAUGUAUUGUUGAUCUAAAUUAAUUUGUGAUCAUAGAUCCUCCUCUGAAAGCUCUUUUUGGCAAGGCAUGGCAUUUAUACGCAUAUCCUUCCAAACUCAAUUAAUUAAGUUAUGUAAUUAAAACUCUCAUCCACUGAGAGUUGUCAUUUGUUUUGGUACCAUAAAUACCUCAAAUACAUAGAAUAAUGUGGUUUAGGAUAUGUAAUACUUUUCUAAAAAAAGGGUUUAUCAGUUAAACCUUUUACAAAAACAUAUUUCUAAAUCUUUGAGUGGUAAUAUAAUUAUUAUAUUUAUGUGCAUGCUGAUUGAAGUAGAAGUGCCCAAUGUUAACUUCUGUGUCCAUUAGAUUUUUUUGGCCUAAAACCAAUGAUCAAACAUAUAUAUCAGCAUUUUUAAAUAUGAUUAUUUAUUUAUUUUUAUUUAUUUUUUAUUGUGAAUAAGAUCAACUAUAUGAUUGCAUCUAUCAUCUAUCAGAUUCUAAUUUAUUUUGGGGACAUUUACGUUGGUGUGCAAAAAAAAAAAAAAACACUUGCUACGAACAUUCUUAAGGAGUAAAUACUAAUAUUUACUGCCAUCUUUGAAAGGUUCCAGCUGUGCCAAUACUGCACAAAGAAGAAACAAAGAAGACUCCUUUACAUAAUAAUAAUAGACUAUUGAAAUGUCUCUCUGCUUGCUGUUUUGGAUGCAACCUUGCCUUGAACUGGACACGGAAUAUGCCUGUAAAGACGAAUGCAACUAACGGAGAGGAGCGGAUCCUCCAGCUUUGUUUUUUUGAAGGCAUUUUUUCAUCGUCAUGUUGCGAACAUUCCAGAAUUGUCUCAGUCAUACACGGUUUAAAGGCAUUAUCCUCGUGUGCAUCUAUAAAUAGGGAUCCAUCCACACUCUGCAUUGAGAGGAGGGGGUUGGGGAACGGGACAUGGGAUGUGAUUGUGCGGUGAACCAUAUGUAGCUUGCUGUACUGAACGACGGGCAUCAGUUAACUCUUAACUUUGGUAUCAUUAGUGCCUAUACUAGACCAAUGUUCAAUGGCCAGUACUGUAUGCCUCCAUUUCUAUACAUCCAUAAAGAAGCAACUAUUCUACUCGUCUGUCUUGGUGGGCUGACGUCUGAGCGGCAUGGCCUUCAAAUAGAAUCGUGGAAGGGAAGCAUCGCGGUUGUUUUUGCCAAGUCGCUGCGCUUAAUGUUCUUAAGUAUUAUUCAACGGAUUCUUCUCGUUGAACUGCAUUGAAUCAGCAAUUCAGCUUCUGUAUAUUUUAGUGAUGAUGAAUCUACAUAUAUAUAAGGAAUGGUGGUCCAGGAUCUAGCUGGGAUGGCUCUUGUCUGCUCUUUUCUUUAUCUUAAUCAGGAAGAAAUGCUGGUGCAAUGUGUUUUAUUGCACUUUAGAGUUUGAUAUUGAUAUCAAUAUGUUUAACAAAGCACGCAAUUAGCUGUUCAGGGCCCUGUGCCAAAUGUUUUACUUUCAGGGACGUGUAAAGUGUUGCUGUUAAAAGAACUUCCUUUAAGUACUGUCAGCAUCUCCAUAUAGUCUGUGGACAAGGUGUCUGGUUUACAAAUCUGUUUUCUACAAGGCUGAAAUGAAAAGGGCCAACCAGCCCUGUGUGUAUGUGCGUGCGUGUGUGUGAGUCAAAAGAAAAUUCAUGCUGGAGGUGAAAACCUCACACCCGUACCGGUUUCUGUUCUGCAAUCAGCUGCUGUACAUGUCUUGUGACCAACCAUGAGUGUUUGUAUUCUAUUGCACAUUCUUUUCAUAGCUUCCACUGGCCAAUUGAGUAUCAUUUAUGUAAAUAUCAAAUAAAUUACUUUUAAAUAACA